CUCAAACAUAAGGUCUACGCCCAAGGUAUUGUACACUUAGGACGGAACUCAGAAUAUAGCUCUCUGAGACACAUUCGAUAUUGGAGAAAAUUUCAGAAAAUUUGUCGUAUACCUUUUGUUCUUUUUCGGCAUUCGUCUCGCUAACUUUGUUCCUCUAAGUUCCAAGAAGUAAGCUAGACUCAGGAGUUCGAAUCAAAUAUAAAUCAAGAGAAUAUUUGUUGAAAUCUAUGAAGUCUGAAGAAAUUUAGGAAGAUAUCGAAAACGUGUAGGGAAUCGAGAGCCAUCUAUAAAUUCCUGGUGUUGAUAGAUCACAGAAGCCACCAUGGACAAGGCACCGGGUCAGGACUUAAAUCACCGUAAAUCUCUGAAUCUGCUGGACAAAGCGCUGCCCAUUUCGGUGGCCACCGCACCACAGUUGCGAUCUCGCCGCCAAUUCAGUUUCAAUGGCCUGAGGUACGAGAUGAAUGGGCUGCUACCAUUGCCGCCACCGCCGCCCACGCCGCAGGUGCAGCGCUCGAGGCUCAGUGCAGGUGGGGGAGGUGGUGGCUCCCAGGAGAAUAAGCAGACUGGUGGCUCCAGCCAUUUGCUGACUGCCAAAAAUAUUGCUGAGACAGCGGGCGGAGAUGGUGGUGCAUCACGGCCGGAUCGAAAGGGAGUAGUGCCCAAGCAUGUGACAUUGGGUGACAGAGCCUUGCUGAUGAACGGAGGUGUGCGCAUGCCCAGGAGCAGCGAGGUGGACUUCCCUAAGACAAAACCCUCAGCGAAAAGGUCUUCCUCCCAAUUUUCCAUCAAAGUCGAAAUGCAGGACAAGAAGGUAGAGCGUAAGGAUGCUUCGGGACUUAUCCAGGAUCGAGAAGCCCUCAGACGACAGAAGAAGCAUCGACGCAGGCCGCAUUCCAUGGAAUUGCAGGAGAUGAUGUCCUCACCAGAUCAGGGUGACCUGAGCGCUCAGCAGAGCUGGAUGUUGGCCCAGACGCUGCUUAAGGCUUACGGAAGCGGACUGGUCCAAACGUCCACCGGUGACGGAGCUUCCUCCAAGAUGGACUACAUCACUCUGGCCGGAUUGGUACUCGGCUGCGUGAUCUCCCAUGCCCUCAUCUUCCUGUGCUGGUACUUCAGUUGGCUGAAGAACCAGGCGAUCGGGCUACGAAAACGCUUUCUGGGCAACGCCAAUCUCUGGGAUUUCUUCGACUUUGAGGACACCACCCGGUACUCAGUGCAGACCAAACUGGUGAUGGCGCCGCUGAUCCUCCUGUGCGGUCUGCUCUACUGUGUGGUCAACCUGCUGCACCUGGCGGUGCAGGUGGUCCGAUCGGAUGUGCCGCGCACAGUGGUUGUGUUUGUCCAGCGGGUGGCGAACAGUGGACUCCUGGGCACCAUUACCAUGGGACUGGCCGGUGGCGGAGGCAGUGCAUCCAUUCGAGGACGCCACAAUCAAGCGAUGCGAUAAUUCUAGUCACCAGUCCGCCGAGGGUACCUCUCUUCUCCACCACACUAGCUAACCUGGUCAUUUGCCAUGUGCUGGUGGUUUCAUAAUAAAAGUACAAUUU